UUCGUCAGUUCACUUCGUGCCUCGUUGCAAGUAGCAGCGUUUCUCUGCCGUUCUCCGCUUAGUUUUUCAGCAUUUCUACACUUUUUUACCGGAUUGUUGUUAGUCAGAGAUUGCCACCUUUUACAAUAUUACAAUAAACAGAAGGCCUUGAACUUGAAAGCGAAAGUGAAGAAUAUAUACAAUUGCCUCAACUGUUGGUGUGACUUAAGGAAAAAUAUUACAGGGAAGGACCCUUGAAGGAAGGACUCCUCGCUGUACAAAGCUGAACAAAGAAACACAAUUGUAGUUUGGAAGAAAAAGUUGUUUUCAAGAAAUCUUUGUCCAGGGUUUGAGGCAUUUUGAGAAAUUAUUGAUCUCACUCUUUGAGCUUUUUUGUGUUAUUUCACAGUUAUUGUGGAAAGGGAUGUGAAAUUUGUGAAGCGACGUAUAGUUAGCUAACUAUUGUUUAUUCGUGAUUAAUAUUAGUGGUAUAUUAGUACUUCUGGUGGGUGUUUUGGGUGCGGUGGUGCAUCGAAAAUGAGUCCAAGUCCAAAUAAAUCUCAAAAAUAUAGAAAUGGAAAUGGACCAAAGUCGGAGAGCGAAAACUCAGGGAAAUGGGAGGACGACGGGAUUUACAUGAAGGGGGAGAAAGCGCCCCUCUCUCCCGUCAGCGAGGCCAUCGACGAGGACGACUUCGAUGGGGGCAUCAUGAUGUACGAUGUCGCCGAGGUGGGAGUACCUUCGGUCCCUGAUGGAGGUUAUGGCUGGGUCAUUGUGUUCGCCUCCUUCAUGUGCAAUCUUAUCGUCGACGGAAUUGCUAAUUGCUUUGGCGUCUUCCUUCCGAAAUACGUGGAAGCAUUCGGUGUGGGGAAGGGAAGCGUCGCCUGGGCCGGCUCCCUCCUGUGUGGCGUCUAUCUCUGUGUGGGGCCGGUUGUGAGCGCUUUGACCAACAAGUUUGGAUGCAGAACGGUUUGUAUUGCGGGAUCCAUCGUGGGGUCGGUCGGCUUCGCUCUGUCCUCGCUCUCCUCCUCCUUGGAAAUCCUCCUCAUCACCUAUGGCGUGGUCGGAGGGGUCGGUUUUGGUCUCAUUUAUCUUCCGGCAGUCGUUUGCGUCGGGUAUUAUUUCGAGUCCAAGAGAGCCUUCGCUACUGGAAUUGCAGUGUGCGGCUCAGGAGUGGGAACGUUUGUUUUCGCCCCAAUUGCUCAGAUGCUGCUCGGCGUGAUGACCUGGGAUCAGGCAAACCUCAUAUUUGCCGGUGUCAUCCUCCUCUGCGGAGGAUUUGGACUGCUCAUGAAACCUCUUGAAGUGCAAGUUCAGAUGGAAGAUGAAGAAGAGUAUGAAGAAGAUCCUGAUCGCAUUCCGAAAACUAAACCACUUCUUCAACGAAUGGCAGAGGACAAGAGAAAUUAUUUCGAUCGAGGAUCACUCUCUGGAUCUGCAUAUUUUAUGGUUCAACUUCCCGAUGGAACGAUGGAACGUCGUCAAAAGAUGCCACUCAACGUAGAUCCAGGCGUUCACUCCAGUUUUCAUCUAGACCAGUUGGUACCUGGAAAUGCACUCACCCCCGUUCCGACCUUGCCCACAAUCACGGAAGCGAAAACUGUAGAAUCUGUGAGUGGAGGUAGCAGUGGGAUAUAUUCAUCUAGUGCAGGAGGGGAUAAGAAAGAUCAGGAUGAGACUUCUUCAAAUUCAAACCCCCUGCCCACCAUUCCUGAACCCAUUCCAGAGUCACCAGAAGAGCGUGAAAGCCCAGAUGGGGAUCUUCCAAUGUCGAUGAGCAUCCCAAUUCCCAGACGUGGUCCGAGAAGAAACAGUGAAGGAGUUGUGUCUUCAUCAUCACCUUCGUCCAACCAGGGCACUCCAAGUUCCAGCUACAAGGAACGGGAAGCACUGGCAAAUCGCACUCCUAGUAAACCUAUCCCUGUGAGAAAGAGCAUUACAGGUUCCACUGCAGGCACAACUGGAGUAAAUAUACCGAGAAACGGUUCCGCACCUCAGUUCAACUAUGCAAGAAGCAUUCCGAAGAAUGGGAGCGUCCCAGUGUUCAACCAAAUGCAAAGGAAACAUUCUUUCAAAGCAGUGCCCAUCGGGUCCGUUAAUCCAGCAACACGAAACAGCAAACCAAAUCUUCAGGAAAGAAGAAGAAGUUCCAUUAAAAAUUCAGUGCUGUCAUUUGUCUCAUCUAAACCUAAGCUAAAUGGAGGCCAAGAGGAUGAUUACAAUUCCAUGUGGAGCAAGCAAGAACUGUCCGACGGUCUCAUAUUUAGCAGUUCUAUUAAAACACAAUCCGCGGAGCCACGCCAUAUCGUUCGCCCCAUGUCGCGUAAAGACAUUUUCUACUCGGGAUCUAUCGUGAAUCUCCCAGAGUAUCAAAGUCAGAAAAGCCUUCAUUCUUAUCGCCAAAGCAUUCUCAAUCUUCCCAGAACAGACACACAGGCGGAUGCUUUAGACGCAGAGAUGUCACCAGCUAAAGAGGCGCCAUCCUCAUGCCCUUGCUUCGGUUCGGGUCCGGGCGCCUUCAAAUCUGCUUUGGCGCAAAUGAUGGACUUUUCAUUAUUGAAGAACCCCGUUUUCAUAUUCAUUGCUAUCAGUAACGUUUUUGGAAUGCUGGGGUUUUAUGUCCCAUUCGUGUACAUUAUGGAUGCUGCGAUCGCUAGCGGUGUUGAUAGCAACAAUGCUGCACUACUAUUGUCCAUCAUUGGAGUGACGAACACGAUAGGUCGAGUGGUUUGUGGCAUUUUAUCAGAUCUUCCGCAAAUCAAUUCCUUCUUCAUGAACAAUAUGUGCAUACUUCUAUCCGGAAUCUGUAUUUCUUGCGUCCCCUUUUGCAGCAGCUACUACUCCUACAUCGGCGUGGCAAUAUUUUUCGGCCUCUUUGUGAGCGGCUAUGUUUCAUUGACUUCCAUCAUUUUGGUGGAUCUACUCGGCUUGGACAAUCUGACAAACGCAUUCGGUCUUCUUAUCCUCUUCCGAGGCGGGGCUUCGAUUGUUGGCGCUCCAUUAGCUGGAGCUUUAUACGACACAUUUAAGAGUUACGAAAUUCCAUUUUGGGUGGCCGGGGGAUUUCUAAUCACGUCAGCAGCUAUAAGCUUCAUGGUUCCAUGUGUGACAAGGUUUGCCCCAGACAAGAAAGUUCUGCAGCCUCCACUUUACCAAGUUGGCUACUUGGAAGAUAUUCCAGAAGCCGCAGAAUCUUCGCACAACAAUAGUGGCGAGUUGGACGAUAAUGAGAAGAAGGAAAAAUUUGAUCAAGUUGAAUCUUCACUGUAAAUGGAGGACGAGUAGGAGGCUAAUACAUAUACAUACACUAUGAGAUUCUUCAAUUUAGGACAAAACAUUGAUGUGACAACAAUUAAGAAAAGAAACUGGAAAUAAUAAUCCAGACGUGACCCCUCGCCCCAGAUGAUAAUUCGUCAUUCCCAUCAAAUACUAAACAGACAGAAUUUGACGAAUUUGUCCAGUGAUGUGUAGUUCAAAAAAUGAAAACGAUGGACAUCCUUUCAAUCCAAGGAGAUCCAAGGAAUGAAUCUUAUUUUUUCAUCUUAUAUGCAGUGAUUCUAAUUAUUAUUGUUUUAAAACAUUAUGUGUACAUAUAUGACAUUUAUUGUUAUGUUUAUUUGUUGUUCUUGUUUGUUAAUAUGUUCAUAUGUACAUAUAUUUGACAAAUUCGGUAGUAUAAGUAUCGACUGAUGAAUGAAGUGUUUUGCAUUCCUUGACAGUUUCAUCAAUCACUAGAUUAUAGAGAUGCGUGAUUCUGCCGUGAUGAGAGGAUAAUUUUUUUUCAAACUUAUGUAAUUUAUUGUUGUUAUUUCAUAUUUUUUAUGGAAUCGUGUGUUUGAAUAUGAAUGUAACAAGGUACGUACCUUAAUUUUUUGGGGGCGUUUCUAAUAUUAUUAGUAAUUUUAAUGAGAAUGAAUAUCAUUAAGUACAUAAAUUAUACUGUUAUACGAAUAUAUUCAUACACGUCUCCGAUGCGACUCUGUGUGUUGAGGUGUGGAUACUCUUCGCCGUUUCAAACUGUUGGCGAAUCCUAUGUGAAAAUGUGAUGAUAUAAAAUUUAGGAAUAUUUUCCAAUAUCGGUACGUUGCACGGCUUGUGUAGAACGGAGAGAGAUGUGUGUACGUUUGUAUUCAAUGGCAGCAUUAUAUAGUUCUUUAUGCCUUUUGAAACUAUAUAAUUUGAAGCAUUUCGAGCAGUUAGUAGCGUUUGCUGUUGUGCAAGCGAGACUGAGGAUGAGUGGUUUGGUAGGCAACUUCUGUGAUAUCACCUUCCCAACGACUCCCAACCAGAAAAGCACGAUGAUUAAUAUGAUUAGGACGAUGAUAUGCUACAUACAUACAUAGUUUGUAAGUAAUUGCUGCUUGAGAGAACUGUACUAAAGGUAAUAAUACUUAAUUACAAUAUAUUUAAAAUUGCACCUAUAUAAUGCCGAACGGAAUACCAUCACUCACAGCCCUCUUGUUACUUGCCAACAGCAGCACUGCGAUACGCGACUCUUGCCUCAUAUUUAUAAAAUACUUAACUCAAUGAAUACAAUCAAACCCAUCAAUUCAAACCUUUCACCGGUUUUCUCUUUCACGACGGCUUCGCCUAAGCAGCAACGAAACCCAUGUAGAUUUCGUACAAGAUUUCUUCAACCCUGUUUUAAUUAAUGUAGGUUAUGUACAUUUCAAUUGUAGAAUAGCGUGUGUAGUUUUUAUUUUACAACGUUGUACAUAUAUAAUUAAUUAGUUAUGUUACGUAGUUGAGGAAUUUUACUUUUCGUGACGAUAAACUGAAACUUAUUACAUUGUACUUGACAUAUUAUUAUCAUUUCAAAAUACAAAGAAAUAUAUGUUUAACGAAAAAUUGCAAA